CCCGAGAUCACCAGAUGCAUUAACAGAUACGGCUGUGAUUUUCCUUCACACAUAAAUAAUUGCUCACAAUGUUUCCACUUUUCGUUUUGAACACCAGCUUCCAGUGAAGCCACGUAUCUUGCACUUCUAAAAUCAGAAGACGUGGUGCUUUGCCUAAGGCGCGCCCGUUGCUAACCGAGCUACCUGGACCACCAAAGGCACCCCCUGGCGUUCCACGGGGGGCGGCGGAUCGCCCUGUUAGAGCAGGACCAUUGAAUCCGCGUCUGCGCCAGGUCCGAGACGACAAUGUCCUUACA